UGUGUGUGACAGCUGGAGGCCAGAGUUAGGGCGAGCCUAGGUCAUCAGGGAACUGAUGGAGAAGCUCAGGGAAGAGUUUGAGCAGAUCGUAGGCGAGCUCGAGUGGCAGGAUGUUGCCGACACCCUGCAAGAGUUGUGCUCCAACAUCAUGUGUGACCCCACCAACACGCCCCCCCCUCACCCGCCCUUGAACCCCCCACCGUCUCCCUUGUACGGCGGGAUGUCGUUUGACGCCCGCCCUCAGCCGGCCCGCUUCCCUCCGCGCCUGCCGUUUAUCCCGCACCCCCAGUUAGUGCCGCUUCCCAGUAUGGGAUACGGGCCGCAGUUCAACCCGUACCUCAUGCACCCCUAUCACCUCAGCCGCCAGGCGGGGUCUCCUUUCCGUCUCCAGUACUUACCCUGCCAGAUGACGCCUCAGGUGGUCCACAGCCAGCCGUCCUUCAGCUACCCAACGGCGCCACCGCAGCCGAAAAAGAGCCUCCCUGUGGUGCCGCUUCCCGAAGGUGCCACGCUGCACGCCGUCGGGAUGCUCAACGGCGAAGUGUUGUACGCGGCGGUGGACGCCUCUCAGUCCGCGCCGCCUCCUCUUCCUCCCCCCACGACCACCUGCUCCUCCAGUCUUAAAACGAAGCGCAAGCGGCAACGCAAGCCGGACAGGGUCAAAAAGCCGCCCAACGCCUUCAUGUGCUUUCUCCGAGAGCGGCGCCCGGCGCUGAAGAACCAACUGGAGCAGAAGGGACAGCGUGGCUGUCAACAAGUUCCUGGCACAGCUGUGGACGUCGCUGAGCAAGGAGGAGCAGGCCAAAUAUUACGAACAGGCCUACGUGGAGAAGAAGCUGAAUGAGCAGCUGUCCUGCGACGGCUCCAGCGGCAGCGACAAAGACGACGCCGCCACCAAAAAGAAGAGGCGGCGCUGCGACGCCGCAGCCGCUAGCCACGAACACAGGAACGCGGGCGAUGACGCGCCCGCUUCCUCCGGCUCUUCUUUCGUCUCCUCCUCGUCCUCCUCGCUCUCUUCGUGGCUGGAGGCCGUCAUCUCCGACUCUCCCGCCGCGCCGUGUGCCACCUCGCCCGCUUCUCCCGGCUCGCCCACCCCCAACAAGUGUCCCGACUCGGGCGAUGAAUCUGACAUCGAGGGCAUGGACGCCAAGCUGCUGCACCUGCUCGGAUGCUGUUAGUCUUGUUGUUGCUAUUAUUUUUGUGUAUUAUAAAAUGUAUGUAAAUAGUUUAUAAAGUAAUGUAAUAGUAAUUUUUUUACUCUUCCCCUCCUUUCAUUAAACACCAUUUGGUCUUA